AUGGAAGAGGUUAUUUCCAUAUCAGAAGCUUCACAGGUCUGCGUCGAACGCUUCGCACGGUGCGUUGAAGUUUCAACACUGAAGGGAAAUGAGUGGGCUGAGAACCGCCUUGCUGAUCUGAAUCUGUGGAUUUCGAGUACUGGAGCCUGUGCCCGAGGACGAGCUAGCUUGGAAUCCAGAUUAGCCUCGAGACCCGAAGCUCGUGAUGUCGUCAUUAAUUUAUUGGAGUUAAUCGGUAGCAUGGUUGAUGAAUACUGCAUACAGAUGCAGCAUGAGCCUUUGGACAGUUAUCACGAUGAAGACUCUAUUUCAUCUUAUGAUGAAGGCCAACCCCGACCAUUUUCUCCAUGGUCCGACGAUUCCAGCUCUGGUGAAGAGUCGACAGACGCCUAUGAUCGCAAAGUUCCAUCGGGAAACCUCAUAAGAGAGUCAAUGCAUAAUAUCGAGUCAAUACUAGAUCAACUUGGCCGUAUUGGUGUUGCCAUUCGUCGCUCCGGGCGGCGCUCAAGGUUGCAAAAGGCGGACCAGCGAUUUGAUGAAAAAGAGCACGAGGAGUUAAAGGGCCAUCUCAUCGCAAUGCUACUCACCCAAUCAAAGUCUCAUCCCCUAGAACGUGACUCAACAAGAUUGAGCGAGGUACAAUUACGACUUGUACUCUGUAAUUUGAAGCGUCGAAAUCGAUUUUUGUACGCACAACAGCAUUCCAGGGGCCUCGAUGCUAAGGAUGACCGACAUGAAACCCACAAGCGAUACAAGAAAGUUGUAGGUGCAGAAGGAGACGAUAUCACAGAAGAGUCGGGCUUGAAUCUCUCAGGGUUGGGGCUAAAACGUGCCAAUAACUCGAUCGUCACGGGAACCAGUGCGUCUAACGUGUCCGAUAGCUUCAAUUUACAACCGGAAAAAGCUGCUGCAUCUGUUGCGUCCUCAUUAAUAUCCACGACGGCGGUUGAUCUGGAUUAUCCUCGGCCCCCUCAAAUUGAGAAGGAUGCACAUUUCUUUCGCUGUCCAUGUUGCUGCGAAGCACUCCCUGUAAAGACGGCGGACACAAAUAGAUGGAGGUGGGAUUCUUUGACACGGAUAAAGCAUAUUGCAGACGAUUUGAGUCCUUAUACCUGCAUUUUGGCCGGGUGCAAUCAACCUGAUGCUCUUUUCAGUACCAAGGAAGCUUGGCGCCAGCACAUGUUAAAUGGGCACAGCAGCAUGACAUACUGGGUCUGCUUUGCAUGUGGCAAUGGGCUUCAGUUCAAUGACAGGAUGGCCUUUGAGCAGCACGUGAAGUCCAUUCAUACAGCAACAAUUACCCCAGACCAGAUCCCUGUUCUGGUUAAAUUGUCUAAGAAGACCCCACCAAGCGAAAUUCGACAAUGCCCACUGUGCAAUUGGGCAGAAGAAGGGUUUCAAGUUGAUAAAGAUGUGCUUCUCAACCACAUUUCCAAACAUAUUCACUCUUUUUCGUUGCGGGCACUCCCUUGGGCGGAUUAUAAUGGACACGAGAGUGAUCAGAGGAUUCGCGACAGCUCCGAAAAGGUUUACCAAUGGCUCGUCGAGAAUGAGAUCCAGGUGGAUCCUUGUUUGGAGCGACCUCCAUAUGAGAAGAAAAUUUUGUACUCUGAAUAUUUCCAGCAAAAUGCUUACUUUGCCGGAAGUUCUAGAGCGUCCUCUUCAGGUGACCCUGAUUCCGAUGAAUCGAGAGAAAGCGAAAUGGGGGAACUAAGGAGGUCUGGGGAAUCGAUUUUUCACGAGGGUCCCGAGGCUGCGAAGCUAGCAGCUCAAAGGGCAAAAGCCGAAGCAGAUAUAGAACUAGUAGUUCCUUCCUCAGACAAACAUCUCCUCUAUGACGCCGGCGCCGACGCCAAAGCCAUGCAAUCCGCACUCAACCAUACCCGCAAUGUCGACAGCAAAACCAUCAUCAAGGUCCUCCCCAGACUGACCAGCGACGAGAUUCUCCUCCUCCGCCUGGAAUACAAAGCCCGUGUCCGAUUGCAAGGAAAGGGCAUCAACCUCGCCAAACACCUCCGGCUAAAACUAGGCAGCUCCAACUUCGGCAAAGUUGCCUACGCGACCGCGCUCGGUCGCUGGGAAUCAGAGGCGUACUGGGCUAACUGCUACUACCAAGCCGAGACGUCAUACCGGGAACUGCUGAUCGAAUCUUUGAUCGGUCGCUCGAACGCUGCCAUCGGUGAAAUCAAGUCCUGCUUCCGGGACACAAGGUACGAUAACAGUUUGGAGAGAUGUAUACGGUCGGAGCUUAAGGCAGAUAAGUUCCGCGUCGCGGUUCUGCUGGCGCUGGAGGGGAGAAGACAGGAAGAUCGCGAGCCGCUUGAUCCAAGGCUUAUUACGCAGGAUGUGUCAGAUUUGCAUCAGGCGCUUGUCUCUCGCGAGGGUGGGGAGACGGCUAUGAUUAAUAUUAUCAUUUUGCGGAGCGAUUCGCAUCUCCGUGAGGUGCUGCGUGCUUACGAGGAUACCUACGGGCAUAAUUUUGUUCGAAGGAUGAUUGCGAAGUCGCGGAACCUAGUAGGUGAACCAUUAGCCCACAUCCUCAACGGCGCCAUCAACCGAAGCAUGCGCGACGCCCUUCUCCUCCACCAGGCCCUCCACGAAUCGAAAUCUGACAAAGAGCGCUCCACGCUCCUGAUCUCGCGACUCGUACGACUCCACUGGGAACCACGACACCUUGAGCAAGUAAAGAUCCAAUAUCAACAGCGGUAUAGCGAGCGCAUUGAGGAUGCGAUUGCAGAGGAAAUCUGUUCGUCUGCGACCGGGGAGGAAUGGGGAGAAUUCUGUAUUAACCUUGUGUAUACCUCGUCUCCCUAA